AUUUGGGUAAAAGAUGUUGCGCGUUAUUUCUUGUUUUGCCGUCGUUUACAGUUUUGCCAUUUAACUGCUUUCGUUUAUAGACAUCGAAACAAAACCGGAAAGUGCUGACUUAAACCCGUCGACAUCAUUAUUACCAUGCAAAAUGGCUUUUCGUCAAAGUGUGGACAUCCAGCGGGCUCUGGAGGUCCUGCUAGGAGAGGAUGAGGACGAAGGAAACGUGUCCUCAGCUGCGGAGAGUGUAGACACAGACGAGGAGCUGGACUUUGAAGCUGGGAUCGAUCCAGUGGAGGAAAGUGAUGAACCUGGGGAGAUGCUGGCAGAGACAAGCACUUCAGCUGACUUAGUUUUACAAAGAGGAGGCGAUGGGCGGCGGGUUCACCCCAGGUUUACCCUGAGGGGAGACAGUGGGUUACCCAGGAGUAGAUCCAGAUCAAAAUCUCCAGCGAGGCGUUCAGCGGAAGCCCAAAGCUCCUCGCAGCCGUGGAAGACGGAAGCCGAGCCCGACGUCGUCUCACAACCGAAAUGCUUCACACCUCACCGAGCUCCUGGAGUUCAGUUGGACGUUAAAGCUUCGUAUACCCCACUGGACCUGUUCCAGCUGUUUUUUCCAGCGGACGCUGCGGAAACCAUUUGCCAGAAUACCAACAAACAGGCAGCGAAGAACGUGGCGAAAGGUAAAAAAUACAAAUGGACUGAUGUUGUUGUAGAAGAGUUUUACAAGUUCCUGGGCCUCGUAAUGUUCACUGCACUGGUGCCCUUGAACCACGUUUCUGACUUCUGGAGGAGGAAUAACAUCUUCUCUGUUUCCUUUCCUGCAACCAUGAUGAGCAGGGACAGAUUCAGAGCCAUCGCGUGGAACGUUCACUUGAGCGAUCCGGAGGAGGAUACUGUAAACGAGAGGAGAAAGGGAACAUCCGAAUAUGAUGGUUUAUUCCAGGUAAAACCUCUCCUCGACGUCAUCCGCACCGCCUGCCAGUUCUGCUACCACCCAAACAGGAAUUUGGCCGUAGAUGAGAGAACGGUUUCCAGCAGAGUUAAAAGCUACACGGUUUUUGUGGACAGCUUUUACACCAGUCCCAAACUGUUUAGAGAUUUGUUCUCUAUGAACGUUGGAGCUUGUGGCGUUUACAGAGAGAGCAGAAAAGAGUGCCCACGAGGAAGAUCAAACGGUUUAACCAGAAAGUCGCCGUUGGGAUCAAUCAGGUGGAUUAGAGAGGAUCCACUGGUGUUUGUGAAGUGGAUGGACGCACAGGAGGUUUCUGUUUGCUCCACCGUUCAUCCGGCCUUUUCUGGAGACACCGUCCAGAGAAAAGUGAAGGGCAGAGAUGGCCACUGGACACAGAUAAACAUCCCCUGUCCUGCUCCCAUCAUAGACCAUAAUAAACACAUGGGAGCUGCUGACUCGUUCAGCCAAAUACUGAACACAAACUACUACACAGCCCACCACAAAACCUCACGCUGGUACCGGACACUCUUCUUCCAUUUUGUGGACAUCGCCGCCACCAACAGCUACGUUUUGCACACAGAACUGUGCCGGGCAAAGCAAGAAAGGCCCAUGAUGCACAAGCAGUUCAUGGAGGAGCUGACGGCCCAGCUGUGCGGGACCACCUUGGAGGUUUCUGCCAAAAAACAGAGAAGUGCUCAUGUUCCCGUGGCCAUCGCCCCGCAGGCUCACGCGAGCAGGAAGGCCACGUAUGGACGCAGGUCCUGCGUGCGCUGCAGGAAGCAGGACAAGAGGAUAGUUCUGACGCCCUGGAAGUGUCAGGAAUGCAACGUGGCCCUGUGUGUUAUUCUGGACAGGAACUGUUUUCAGGAGUGGCAUAGCUAG